AUGGCGAGCAUCUUCUUCGUACAAGUAAGAAGGUGUCAAAUCGCAUCCACCUCCAAACCACCAUGCGGCAACCUCUUUGGUCUCUGGGUCGAUUGUUUCAAAGUAUCUAUAGUUCAAGUGAGUGGUUGGGGCGUGUGGGUUAUGUGGGUGGAUCACCAUGGACAAACCGCAGGCGAAGAAACCCACAGAACCGUCGGCGCUUCCCUUCAAAUUCUUGUGAUCUGCUCUCAUUCUCGAUACAGCCUGAGGAGGCAAGGUGCCGUGCACAACCGAAAUGUUGACACCACCUUUCUCGAAAGUAGUUCCUUCUUGCAAAACCAUCGACUGACCUCCGCCGCCGUUCUCACCUCUGGUCCAGCAGUCAGUGUGAAAAGAUUUGGUGUCCAAUGCAGCAAGGCCGUCGGUGAUUUCCUUUUGUUUCAAUCUGAUCAAGGCCUCCAUACGCUCGCGGAUAGGGCGAGAGGUGUCGUGGAUGUUAGUCAUGUCGUGGGUAAAUUGUUAGCCAGAUAA